UUUUGCAUAUUGCGAGUUGCAUUUUUAUAAUUUUGCUAAACAUAUCCACGAAAAUCUAAAAUGCCCGAAACUCGCGAGGAAGUGUGCCAGCUGAUGGAUAAACUUCUGCUCCACUCGCUGGAACUGAUGGAGCAGGAAGUGCGACUGAAAACCACCAUUGAAGCGGUGACCAACGAAGGCCAGCUGGAUUUGGCGUAUACCCGUUUCACGAAAGGAGCCCACACGGUGUCGGCCGUGCAGCUGCCGACCGAGGAUUACAAGGACUUCAAUGCGCUGAAUUCGCUGACCGAGAAGACGGACGAGCUGGGUAACCGGAAGCUGGAACUGGAUCGCCAUCCGGUCGACAGGGAAGCGGGCUUCAUUGAUCCGGUCAGGUGGUUUGGAAUUUUGAUACCACCAACGCUGCAGACGGCACGGGACAAGUUUAGCCGGGCGCUGGAGUACGUGGUUGAGUGUGGCAAUGUGCAGAUUCAGUUGCGAAAUGUGCUGUUGAACUAUGCUAAGUUGAAUAAAAAGAAGGUGGAGCUUUAAAUAA